AUGCCUUUCGGCCUCUGUAACGCGGCUGCUACAUUCCAACGGCUGAUGCAGGUAGUAUUGUCACACCUCUAUCCGCGCCAGUGCCUCAUCUACCUUGACGACGUGAUUGUCUUCGGCAAAACUAUCGCCCAGCAUAACGAUAAUCUACGCGCCGUGCUCCUAGCGUUGCGCGAGGCAGGCCUCACGCUUAACCCACAGAAGUGUCAAUUCCUGCGAGAAAAAGUUAAUUACCUAGGACACGAAGUCAGCCCUUCGGGUAUCAAAGUCUCAGCUGAAAAGGCGGAAGCUAUCCUCACUUGGCCGACGCCAAACUCCACCACGGAAGUCAGAAGCUUCAUCGGGUUGGCGUCCUAUUACAGACGGUUUAUUCGCGAUUUUGCAGGUAUUGCGCGUCCGUUGCACCGACUUACAGAAAAAGGGCGCGAAUUUCGUUGGACGGACGAAUGCCAGGCCGCGUUUGAUGAGCUGAGAACCCGCCUGUCGAGAGCACCGAUACUUAUGCUCCCUAAUACCACCGAGACGGCGCCACCCUUCGUACUGGACACGGACGCCAGCGCCUUCGCCAUGGGAGGUGUACUUUCGCAAACCGACGAUAACGGCCUAGAACGCGUUAUCUGUUUCGCUAGUAAAACACUCACUAAGCCCCAACGAAAUUACUGCACAUAUCGACGUGAAUUAUUGGCCAUUGUCACCUUCGUUAAACAAUUCCGGCCAUAUCUGCUAGGAAAGCCGUUCGUCAUACGCUCCGAUCAUAAGGCCCUGCAAUGGCUACAAAACACGAAGGACGCAGAGGGUCAACUUGCUCGCUGGCAGGAAACGCUACAGGAAUAUCAUUUCACUUGUAUAUACCGCCCCGGGAAGCAGCACGGCAACGCCGACGCCUUGUCCCGACGGCCAACAACACCAGCCACACACGAUGAAGACCGCGCGUUAGGCGAAAUAAACGCCAUUUACGCCAGCGAACCAGCUAGACAUCACUGGGCAAUAGCCCAGAGCACGGACCCCGAUACCGCAGUAGUUUACGACCACCUGUUAAACCGGCGACACCGUCCUACGGACGAUGAAUUGCGUGGGUCGUCAGAAGAAGCACAUAUACUGCGUAGCCAAUGGCCACGGCUGCAUAUCGACGAAGAUAUCCUUCUCAUUAAGGACUAG